UUCAUUACGUUUUUGCUAGCAUUGAAAUAGUACACUUUCGUUCUUAUAAACGUUGAAUUGGACAGGUGUGGACAGGCUAGAUUUCUGCUCAAUUGGUUCUUAUAAAUUGUAAACACUACUGAACAGAUCCCUGCAAGGAAAAGCUGGGGGCAGCACUAGUAUGGAGAACACGCAAAAAAACCAGGCUCUGAGCACUAUCAUUCCUUCUCUGUUAUCAAGUUAUUAUGCGUAUACCGUGUACUUACCCUCAAACCCCUUAAAGUUAUGCGAUCCUGCAUGCAACGGUCUUGCAGUAAUUUUCACGCAUGAUGUAAUAUGAAAAGUGUUUACAUAGGAUAUCAAAUUAAGGUGCCGAAAAAUGGAAGCUUUAAGCGUAUUAAUUGCUAUAGCUUUGAUUCAUUGUUCACUCUUCUUCUUCGAUACAAUUUUUAAGACAUGCUCGCAUUAUCCGUAUAUUUAUUUUUUGAAAAAUACCGGCUUAGAGGUGAAGGCGUUCAGAAUAAAGUGGUUUACCACGGCAUUCAAUCGUAAAAUAAUUAAAUGGGGAAUGGAUCGUUCGAAAUUUUGGACCGCCUGGUUCAAUGCAGGAGUCGUUGUCAGUGUCAUUCUGCUGCCUUUGGCAACAAUCGCAGUUUUAAGAAUGACAUUCAAUAUAUGGACCAGUGGGCCAUCUUUUGAUAAUGCUAAUUCUGAACCACUGUUGGAACCUAUGAUACCUGGGAUAGACAUGUCCUUUAAUGAAAUUGGAUAUUAUAUCAUUACAUUAGCAGUUUGUAGUAUCAUGCACGAGUUAGGGCAUGCAUUAGCUGCAGCAAGAGAAGAUGUUCAGUUAUUUGGACUGGGAAUAUUAAUUGCUUUUACAAUACCUAUAGCUUAUGUAAACAUGAGUAGUGAACAACUUACUUCGUUGCCAUUAAAGAAUCAAUUGAGAGUCAUUUGUGCAGGAAUUUGGCAUAACAUAGUACUUGCUACAAUAGCUGCAGCUAUCCUAAUAUUUUCCACAUGGUUGUUGGCACCAUUUUACGCAGUUGGAAAUGGAAUUUACGUAAAAACAAUCUUAUCUAAUUCACCUGUAUUAGGUCCGACUGGACUUUUGGAACAGGAUCUGAUAUAUGAAAUAAAUAACUGCCCCGUGAAAAGCACCGAGGAUUGGUAUGAUUGUAUACUAAACGCGAUUAAUCGUCCAGCCCUUGGAUAUUGUGUUAAACAAUCGUUUAUACAGGAAUACGACGAGUCAGUUCCAGCUAGACAAAAGACCAAUGGUGUCAUAAACUGUUGUACACCUGACAGUGAAGCUGCUGGAAGUUUAUGUUUCGAAUAUAUCGAGGGUCCACAAGCAGCCCCUUUGCAUUUACCACCACAUUCCUGCCUUCCAGCCAGAGCUAUGAUUAACCAGUCACAGAACUUUUGUUAUACUAGUCACGAAUGUCUGUUUCACGAUACUCAUUGUUUGAAACCUUCUCUGGACAAUGUUACCAAGAUUGUACAAAUAAAACGGAAAGUGGGAAAAGAUGUUUUAUUUUUCGGUCAUCCUGCAGAUAUUUACCGAACAGUCGACGUGUCUGAUUGGGUUCCCAAAUAUUCGUUUCUAAAUCCGAAAAUUCCAGAAGCUUUGACACUUCUUUGCAAAUACCUUACAACAUUUUCUGCAGGAUUGGCAGUCAUUAACAUUGUGCCUUGUUUCUUUUUAGAUGGACAAUAUAUCAUAAAUAUACUUAUGCUUUAUUUAUUAAAUUUCACGUCACACAAUAAAAAUAUUAGACAGACAGUUAUAUUAACGAUAACAAGCAUAGGUACAUUACUUCUUUGUAUAAACUUACUGUAUUUACUUAUGAAUAAAUUAUUAUAAAUAGUAAAA